AUGAGCCGCCGCCGCCGCCACCACCACAAGCCACCGUCCAACCCGAUCACCACCACCAACCGUCUCCAUCCCACCGGCACCGGCACCAGCACCGCCACCGCGGAAGAAGAGCCGAUGAUGAUCCACAGCCACAGGGACGACGACAGAAUGCGUCCCAUCGCCCACCUCCAGCCGAACGUCAUCGCUCGUCUCAUGGGCAUCGACGAUGACGCCGUCGUGCCGACUCCCCUGCCGCCAAAGCCUGUCGCAAGCGCCGUCCAGUUCCAAGCGCGACGACGACAGACCAACAGGUGGAAGUGGAGCCUGCAGCUGCUGCCGCACUACUCGUACCGCGGCGGGAACGACGAUGCAGAGUAUCAUCGUGGUUCCAGUUCCAGGAUUUGCCUCCACAAGAUGAUGGUAGUGCCCCGAUCCCGGAGCAGGCCGUCGCGCCUGCGCCGGCGGCGUCAUCCCCAGGCGUGGCAAGCGUCCAGGGCGCCGGCGCUGGAGACAAGUGACGCUACUAGGCCGUCGGACUCGGACGGCGGCAGGUCCCUUGUUCAGGCGAUCGCACAGGAGAAGCUGCGCAAGCAGAAGAUGGCCAGGUAUGGUUUCGGUUCGGAACAAAGCAAGGUGACGCAGCAGGACGAGCUUCCACUGAUCAAGAACAAGAAGAAUGCCGUGCCACAAGGUGACACGUCAGAGCAUGCAGAAGCUGCUUCUGAACCAGCAGCAACGCCUGACGACAGAGAUCUGGACGCGCGCAGGGAUGGACAUGGACAUGGACAUGGCCACGGCCACGGCGCGCCUGCUGCUCAAGCUCAAGAGCUGCCGUCACACAGGCACACGCCGAUAGUGCUCCUCAAGCCUGCCACUUGUUCUGAAUCUGAUACUACAGCUACAGGUGGUGUUGCCAUUGGUGGUGGUCAGAAAACCCCCGUCUUGCUUGGUCUGCCGAAGCUCCACAUGGAUGCCAACAUGAGCGUGCUUCUUCAGGAGGUCAAGAACAGGGUUCAGAGAGAGCUCACAGUACUCACUGCCGCUACAGCUACAGCUACAGCUACAGCUACAGGUGGUGAGGUCAUCAAGGCACCAACUUGGGCGAUUCCACCAUUGCAGCAGGUCACCAAGGAGACCAAGGAAGACCGUGAAAACAAGAGGAGGCUGUUCCGCCGGUCACAGUCCUUUCGCGCUUUCAGAAGCGAUCGCAAGCGCAACGCCGCCACAACCACAACACAUGCAUCUCCAGAGGCUUACAUUCUGACGAAGAGCCAAACCGUGUCACCGGCCCAUGAAGAAUCGAUGACGACGUCGGAUGCAUCUCUUUCAGUACUCCGGCCAGGCGUCGGCGGCGUUCCUGACGACGGCCAGAGCUUCAGAAGCGAGUGCCUGACCCUGACGAAGCACAAGGACGACGACGCUGUGCCGUCACCACGGCUGCUGUUCCGGUCCUUCUCUGCACCAGAAUCAGGGUUCUCCUUCUCCUCCCUUGGCAGCAGGCUAGCUCAGCGGGCGGAGAGUCUGUGGCCGGAGCAGCCGGCGGCGGUUUUCGGCGGCAAAUCUCAGCGAGCUGCCUCCGAGCCCAGUGUCCCCAUUGGAGGUUGCAGCGGGCCACAGUUCCCGCCAUUUCUUCAGCGAUUUGCACUUCACCUUGUCAGUCUCCUAUAUGCAGAGCUGAGUCCAAAAUGCCUGUCAGAAUUCGAGGCACCUGCCACUGCCAGUGAAUCAUCAUUCAGGACAGACAUCACCGCCGUCGAAGCAGCGUGCAGCCGAGACAAGGCCUACAUAACAGAGGUUCUCAUCGCCGCCGGCUUAUACGACGACGACGACGGACCGUCGUCGGCCAAUGCUAGGGUGGACUCGAUGGCGAGGCCGAUGCCCAUCUGCGACGACGUCUUCGAGGACAUGUACUACUACCGCGGCGACUACAUCGGCGGCGGCGGCAGGUACAACUGCGGCAACGGAUCACAGGAUGCUGUUCGACCUUGCUAA